UGACUCCUCCUGCAUGGACGGAGGAGGAGGAGGAGGAGGAGGAAGAGGAGGAGGAGGCGGGACUCGGUGCACCUAAACAGACGGAGAGGUUUUACAUUGUGCUCAGUGUGUCAGCCCUGCAUCAGCGGAGGAACCACGGAGCACGGCCAGAGCAAACCUUUGAUCGGGGAGGAUCGUUCCUGCAGCUCGGACUCUGCGGUCUUUGUUGGCUUCGACUGCAGCUGGAGGAGGAACCGCUGCGGAGGACUCGCCCCCAAUAACCCGAUCUGUCGGCUCCGGAAGGGACGUGAUAUGAACCCCUCAUCGGCUUAGACGGCAGCGCAGCGAAACAGCCCCGCUUCGCGAGGAGGGGGGGAUCGAGAGGACAUUUGUACCUUCAACCUGCAGCCGAAGGCCCGAUAGAAGACAACACAAGCAGCGCAGCGACAGAACCUGCAGCCAUGCCCGGGUUUGAUUACAAGUUUCUGGAGAAGCCAAAGAGGCGCUUCCAGUGUCCGCUCUGCAGCAAGGCGAUGCGGGAGCCGGUCCAAGUGUCCACCUGUGGACACCGCUUCUGUGACACCUGUCUGCAAGAAUUUCUAAGUGAGGGCGUCUUCAAGUGCCCAGAAGAUCAGCUGCCAUUAGACUACGCCAAGAUCUACCCUGACCCAGAGCUGGAGCAGCAGAUCCUGGCUCUGCCCAUCCGCUGCAUCCACAGCGAGGAGGGCUGCCGCUGGACCGGCCAGAUGAAGCAGCUCCAGGGCCACUUCUCCACCUGCGCCUUCAACGUGAUUCCCUGCCCCAACCGCUGCUCCGUCAAGCUGACGCGCCGCGACUUGCCCGACCACCUGCAGCACGACUGCCCCAAGCGCAAGGUCAAGUGCGAGUUUUGCGGCAGUGAGUUCACCGGUGAAGCCUACGAGAACCACCAGGGUGUGUGUCCUCAGGAGAGCGUUUACUGUGAGAACAAAUGCGGGGCGAGGAUGAUGCGUCGCCUGCUGUCCCAGCACAGCAUGGCCGAGUGUCCCAAACGCACACAGCCCUGCAAGUACUGCGGCAAGGAGUUUGUCUUCGACACAAUCCAGAACCACCAGUACCACUGCCCCCGCUUUCCUGUCCAGUGCCCGAACCAGUGCGGCACGCCCAACAUCGCCCGAGAGGACCUGGCCAACCACGUGAAGGACAACUGCGGCAGCGCGCUCGUUCUCUGCCCCUUCAAAGACGCCGGCUGCAAACACAGGUGCCCCAAACUGGCUAUCGGCCGUCACCUGGAAGACACCACUAAGUCCCACCUGACUAUGAUGUGUAACCUGGUGGGUCGCCAGCGGCAGGAGAUCCUGGAGCUGCGGAGGGAGAUGGAGGAGCUGUCGGUCAGCCACGACGGCGUGCUCAUCUGGAAACUCAACGACUACUCCCGCAAACUCCAGGAGGCCAAACUCCGAAGCAACCACGAGUUCUUCAGCCCGCCCUUCUACACUCACCGCUACGGCUACAAGCUGCAGGUGUCGGCCUUCCUGAACGGCAACGGCAGCGGUGAGGGGUCCCACCUCUCCGUCUACAUCCGAGUGCUGCCCGGGGAAUACGACAACCUGCUGGAGUGGCCCUUCUCCUACAAGGUGACGUUCUCCAUCCUGGACCAGAGCGACCCGUCGCUCUCCAAACCCCAGCACAUCACGGAGACCUUCAACCCCGACCCCAACUGGAAGAACUUCCAGAAGCCCAGCAGCAGCCGCAACUCGCUGGACGAGAGCACCCUGGGCUUCGGCUACCCCAAGUUCAUCUCGCACGAGGAGAUCAAGAAGAGGAACUACAUCCGAGACAACUGCAUCUUCAUCAAGGCUUCUAUAGAGAUUCCCCAGAAGAUAAUGGCCUGAGUUCUUACUUAAGUUUCCUGUUCAUGAAGGAGAGAGAUGGGUUAAAAAACUGGAACUGACAUUUAACCUUGAAAACUUCUACUCACUUACCCUUUAGAGUUUCUGCCCUUAGAGCCUCUCCACCACAGAGCUUGAAGUGAGUCUGUCUGGCUGCGUGAGCUGACUCGGAGGACGUUGGUGUAUCACAGAGGAGACGGUGUUUGGUCUGCCGAGCCAUCACUCUCUGGUGUUUCUUUUUUAUUAGUUGUUUUCUAUCCGUUUGUUGACCUUUUAUCACAGUCUACAACAAAAAGCCUUGGAAAUCAAACAGUGCCUAGAGAGUUUAUCUUAAGUUAUACUUUUGUUGUCGUUUCCGCAGUACAGAUGUUAAAGAUUAUGGAACAGAUAUAAAAAUAAGGGUGAAGGGCUUCACUAAGCCUUUGCACUUAGAGUAGGAAGAUUUUUUUUAAAAAAGCUAGUUUAGAGGCGUCCCGUUUUAUUUGGGGUGAUCUAAUGAAGAGGGAGCUCAGCAGACUCAAGCUCAAGCCAACUGCCUUUUGUUUACAUGCUCAUACUGUACACUGAUCCCUUAACAAACACACAGUCCUCAGUAAGAACUAGUCUUGAGGUUUGUGUACACACAAACAAACCAAUCAAUAUCUCCAGGAGAAAAACUUGGAGCUCGGACUGUGGUAAUUUUCAUGUUUUAGUGGAAUAGUUUGAUUUUUGGUGAAGACGAUUGAGUUAAAGAGGAAGUAUGUAUGAUCAUUUCCUAAAAUGGUAGCUGAUUAGCUUAGCAUAAAGACUGGAAAUACGUGGAAACAGCUACCACAGGAAACCAAAUCCAUCUGCCAGCACGUUAAACGAGUGUUUCCAUGCAUACAAAAAGAUUUUGACCACGGCCCGUCUAGUUGUUUCUUAAUGUUUCUAGUCUUUACACUAAGCUAAGCUAAGUUAAGCUAAGCUAACUCGCUUUAGCUUUAAAUGGAACAGAAACCUAAGGAAGGAGCAAAAAGACAUACAUUUCCGAUGUCAAACUUUUACUUUAUCUACUGUUCAACUUUUAAAACCACACACACACACACAAGAAAUUAUUUUCUUUACUCGCCAACGAUGAAGUUACAGUCUCCUCUUUCCUGUCUGUGACUCGUGUUUGUAGGUAGUUGAACUCAAUAGCUUCGGGAGCGUGGCGAUGUUUGGAACCCCAGACAUCACAGUGACCCUAAGAGGCUUCAUGUCUGUUGUGGAGUCCACCAAUAAAAGAAACAAAAAGCACCUUUUGUGGGUCUUCGGAUGUGCAGAGCAGACAAAGAGGCCAGCUGUGCUAUGGAGUACACGUGCAUUUUAAGUGAAGGAAAAGCCAUGUGGCCUUUUUAUACAGUAUGUCUUCGCAUGAGGGUUUUAUGGGUGAGCAGGGCAACAUAAACACAUGCAUGCUUCAUGUGCAACCACCUGGAUCACAUUUUUGUACUGUAACCUGUAUUCUUGAAAUCCUCUCCCAUUGAUGACUAUUCUGUCUCUUUUUUUUUUUUUUUUGGACCAUUUGAAAGUUGACAAACUGUCGAAAAGGAACGUGUUUGUUUUUUUAUGUUUUUUUGUUUUUAUAUACAGAAAAUGUGAACGCUGUUGGUAAUAUAACCUAUAAAAGACAAUGAACACUUGGCUGUGAAGUGUAUUUUCCGUAGCCUGGGCAUGGACGACUUAAGGAAGCUGUUUGAAACAGGACUGACUGGCACCAUUGUGGUUACAUAAUCACCGGUGUCUACCUUCAGCUCGACACACUAUGCGACGAUGAGGAGGAACCCUGCGCUACUCUCGUCUCCGCCACAACACCAUCAGAGCGGUGGAGGACUUUGACAAUACACUCAUCAUCUAUGUGAAUACUAAUGUAAAAAUGCAGAAGCACAUUCUGUCUUUUUAUUGCUAUACAUGGAAAAACUCCUGAUUUCCUGUCAUGAUACCAGCUGAUAUUUUACAGUGAUUUAACAAAGUGAGAAGAUGAAAAACUUUUUUGUAAGAUUCUGUAUUUUUAAAAGGAAAAAAAAAAAUGCUUCGCUGUUUUAUACAAACACCUUUCGUUGGAGAGUCGGGGUUGACUUUGGGAAUUUUCAGACCCUUUUCGUCUCUUUGGAAAUUUGGAUAAUUUGUCUGUCCGUGUGGUUCGAGCCUCACGUAUUCUGUCUGUAUUAUUUCCUCUUAAAAGUAUUUAUUUUAAGGAGCCAUUGUGUGAGUUUGCACAGGUGGCACAAAUGUUUUAAUAUGUUGAUUGAUGAGUGCUUGUCAAUUUCUUAACUGAAAUAAAAUACCAUAUAUUAUA